AUGGAUUCAGAUUUGGCACAAAUGUUUCCAAAUUUACAAACAUUGACAUUGGAAUAUUUUACAGGUGAACAAUUAUCAACAUUUCUGGAAAAUUUACAAAGCCCUUCAAAACUUGUCAAACUUAAUAUAAAAUAUCUUCUGGAACACCGUCAAAAUGAAUUAUUAGAUUUAGUUUUAUCUGUGAAUAAUCGUCGAGUGAAAUUCAUAAGAUUCGAUCAAGCUUCAAUCUUCUUACCAUUGAAUAUCACCGAUAAAACAAUCUUCUAUCAAAAUAUUGAAGAAUUGAUCGUUAAUUUAAUCGAUUGUGAAAUGUUAGGAGAUCUAUUCACACGUAUACCGAAUGUACGUCGUUUACAUAUAAAUCUGGGAUUGUCACCAUUCGUAUCAAUAGAGAAAUUGAAGAAUAUCUCACCACUUCUUCAUUUAAACGAUUUUAAAUUAUAUUCGAUCCAAAUGACAUGGGGAUUUGAAGAAAUCAAUAAUAUUUUGUGUAAAAUGCCAUCGUUACACAGAAUAACACUGUGUAUUAGUACAACAGACAAACGUCUUGUUAAUAAAGAAGAUCUCGCCGUGAUUCUUCCUUUAUCAUUGGUACAGAUGAAUUUCUUCAUUAUAUAUAAUUUUGCAGAAACAUCGAUCGAAUUCGAUACUUUACUUAAUACAUGGCCACGGGACCAAAUUUCAAUGACAAGAUUACCGGAUGGAUCUAAUCAAUACGCUGCUAUUCAAACAAUUCCUUUCAAUAUUGAUUCGAUCGUUUUGCUUUCCAUAUUAGCGAAGAAUAUGUUACCCGCUUGGAAAUACAUGAGAAAUGUUCAAAACUUAAACAUUCAUAGAGGAUUAUCUUCGAGUGACAUAUUGAUGAUUUUGCAACAUCUUGAUCGAAUUCAAACACUCAAAAUUAACGCAACCGCAGCACAACUCCUACAACCAAUCGUUUUACACUUACCUUACUUUAAACAACUGAAAAUUACCGAUUCGUGUGAAUUAUUUCCUAUAUUUAAAGCAGCGCCGAAUCUGAAUCAUUUAUCAAUUGAUUUCGGUGGUUACAAUAGAUUAAUCACUGACGAAUUAUUAUGUGAAUUAUUAGAAAAACAACUUGAAUGUCUUGAAAUUUGUCGAUUACAAGGCAACUCAACAAUUAAAUUCGACUUAAUUAUUAUUAAAUUUACAAAUCUUCGUCGAAUGAUUUUAAGUACAGCAGACUCAACAAAUGACAUCAGUUCUCUUAUAUUACAAGCUCUUGAAGUAUGGCGAGAUGAAGAAUACAUUUAUAUUUGCAUUAAAGGUACUCUUUCACGAUAUGGAAAUGAAACUCUUCGCGAAUGGUUCAAUAAUCAUAAUUGUUUAACAAAAAAGGACUCCUUUGCUUUUGAUUAUCACGAAAAACGUGCUCAUAUAUGGCUUUGA